AUGGGAAUGCUGGUCCAGAAAGGUGCCGGCACGGCCACACUCCGCACCCUCAGCAUCCUCCUGAGCCUCCUGGUCCCUGCUCCUGCCACCCGUUCCCCUGACUGCGGGGGCAUCCUCACCCCCUCAGGACUGAGCUACUUUGCUGAAGUUUCCAAGCCUCAUGCAGAGACAGUCCUCAGGCAGGACCUGAUGGCCCCAGCAGCCCCAGAGACAUUUCUUGGCUCUCCAAAGCCCAGCAGGAACCAAAUCAAUUCUGUCACCGUGGCCGAGCUGUCCCUGUCGCUCAUCCCCCACGCGGGGCUGCGGCUCAGCAUCGAUGCCGACCUCAGCAUCUCCCCCACCCCCUCCACCACCACGGUAACGCGACUGUCCAUCCUGGCUGACCUCCACGUGGAGAUGAACCCUGAAGGGAACCUGGAGCUGGUGACCUCUGCCUGCAGACCCACCCUGGAGGGGUCACAGAGCACCGAGGAGAUGGCAAGCAAGUCCUCUGAUUCAGACCUGGACAAGGAGAUUAACAUUGAUAAGAUUUGCCUGGAAGUUUCCAAACUGCUGCUUUUGCCCAACGAACGGCUGAUAUCCCUGUCGGCCCAGUUCCCCAUAACACCAAGCUGCCAACUCCAGUAUUUGCCUCUGGCUGCGCCCAUGUUUUCCGAGCAGGGAAUCACCAUAUCCUUACAAACAAUUUUCCAGGUGGCAGGGAUGGCAGUCCCCCUGCCAGUCAGCCCCGUGCCCUUCAGCAUGCCUGAGCCAGUGAGCUCCAGCCCUUCCCACCUCAUCCUGGCUUUCUCUGAACACUUCUACACCAGCCUCUUCCUUGCCCUGGAAAUGUCUGGAACUUUCAACAUGACCCUCCUGAGCCCUCUGACCACCGUCACCUUGGCAGAGCACAUUCCCCAGAUGGGCUCCCUGUUCCAGGAGGACGUCCCGGUGCUGCUGCGAGCCGCGCUCCGCAGCUCCCCGCGCCUGGUGCUGGAGGAGGACAAGGCAGCCCUGAGGCUCUUCCUCACCGUCCGGGUCGGGACGGGAUCGCCAACUUUCCAGAACUUCCUGAGCAUCAAGGUGGACAUGGCUGCAGGGCUGCUCCUCAGCGUCACAGACACCAGGAUGAUGAUCUCUGCAGCUGGGACAGAGGAUCUUGAGCUCAGCCUGGCUGCCUCCAACGUGGGCCCUGUGCCGGCUGAUCUACUGGAGCAGUUAUUUUUGCCCACAAUCCGUGAGGAGGUUCCAGCUCAGCUGAGCGCGGUCCUGAGUGAAGGCGUGUUCCUGCCCCACAUCUUCAGCUUCACCUACACUGACUUCAACGUCACGAUUCACAGGGACUACGUCUUGGUCUCCUGCAACCUCAAGUUCCAGGAGCAGCCUGGGGGGCACAGCACCAGGAGCUGA